AUGGCGGACCUGAAGGAAGCAAAGGGUUCCGACUUGGGCCCUGAUCGGGAAAAGUUCGACAGCUCUCCGGCAGAGAGCCAGGUCGCAGACGACUUCGCCGACAUCAGCGAGAAAUCGCUUCUUCGAAAGCUGGAUUAUAAACUCCUUCCGCCUCUGACGAUAUUGUAUCUUCUGUCGUUCCUUGACCGGAGUAAUGUUGGCAAUGCUCGUCUAGAAGGCUUAGCUGAUGAUGUUAACAUGACUGGGAACAUGUACCUCACUGGGUUGACUCUAUACUUCAUCGGUUAUGUCGUGUUUGAAGUCCCCUGCAACAUUAUCCUCAAGAAAACGACUCCGCGGAUAUGGCUCCCGACGCUCACUUUGGUUUGGGGUAUCGUGGCUACACUUCUUGGUACAGUGCAGAACUAUGCCGGCUAUCUUACCUCGCGAACUGCGCUUGGUAUCGCCGAAAGUGGUCUAUUCCCCGGAGUCGUCUUCUAUCUGUCCAUGUGGUACAAGCGUAACGAACAGCACUACCGCGUGGCAUUGUUCUUUAGUGCUGCGUCCCUUGCAGGUGCUUUUGGUGGAAUUCUUGCAUGGGGAAUUGCGCAUAUGGACGGUGUCGGAGGUUACGCGGGUUGGCGGUGGAUCUUUAUCCUGGAAGGAUUGCUCACGGUAGUGAUGUCCGUUAUUGCGUACCUAUGGGUCUAUAAUUACCCAGCUACCGCGGAGUUCUUGUCGGAGAAGGAACGCAGCUUCAUCAUCUUCCGCCUAAAGAACGAUAGCGAUGCUACGCGCGAGGAGAAAUUCUCAUGGGCGGCUGUUAUGGAUGCCGUCAAGGACCCCAAAGUCUGGCUAUAUGGACUCGGCUUCCACUCAAUGUCCCUUCCCUUAUAUACCUUGUCCUUAUUCCUGCCUACCAUUAUCAAGGAACUCGGCUACAGCGCAGCCAAGGCUCAGCUUCUCACUGUGCCUCCUUAUGCUUUGGGGUUCGUGACGACGAUUACUGUGGCUAUCCUGUCUGAGCGCACCAAGCGACGGGCUCCAUAUAUCAUGGGCUCGUCAGCGUUUGCUUGCAUUGGUUACAUCAUUCUCCUCGCCGGUCGAAAGCCAGGUGUUUCAUAUACCGGGACAUUCUUUUGCUGUGCAGGCAUAUAUCCUGCCGUGGCAAUCGUCCUAUCUUGGCCGGCCAACAAUGUCUCUGGCCAGACAAAGCGAGCCAUUGCCAACGCUAUGCAAAUUUCUAUUGGUAACCUCGGAGCUGUCAUUGGAACACAGCUAUACCGAACGGAAACGAGCCCCCGAUACUACCUGGGGCAUGGAUUCUCGUUAGGGUAUCUCGUGGCAAAUAUCAUCGUGGUAUACAUUUUGUGGCAGGUCCUCAACCGCGAGAACGCCAAGAAGGCUGAGAUUAGAGAACGUGAAGGUCUUCAAGCGCUAAUGGGUGACAUUGGUGAUGCGGAGGGCGAGUUCCAAGGUGACAAGGAUCCUCGAUGGAUCUUUCAGACAUGA